AUGGUCGCCAUCACACCGGGUGCAGACAGGCACCACAUUGGCCGGGAGAGUGCUAGCUCCGGCCGUGAGGAAAUCGAUCCCGUUGAUGAGACUACAGCUCUCCUGGGGUCUGGCACCGUUACAACUGGCGAUGUGCGCAAGUCGGAUCAAUUGAAUGCAUUAACGGAGUCGGAUGGCUAUCUUUCCGACAGUGAGGAGGAGGAGAAGCCCCUGCCUAAAACCCAGGUCCUGCUGCUGUGCUACGCUCGAGUGAUUGAGCCUAUGGCCUUCUUCUCCAUCUUCCCCUAUGUCAAUCAGAUGAUCCAGGAUAAUGGAGGUAUUGCAGAUUCAGAUGUUGGUUUCUACAGUGGACUCAUUGAAUCGUUAUUUUCCCUGACCCAGGCUAUUGUCAUGAUCUUCUGGGGUCGAAUGGCUGAUCGUCUCGGGCGCAAGCCGGUCUUGGUCUUCUCAUUGAUUGGUGUUACUUUGGCCACGGGACUCUUUGGUAUGGCGAAGUCUAUUCCGCAGAUGAUCAUGUUGAGGUGCCUUGCUGGCGUCUUUGCCGGAUCUAUCGUUACUAUCCGCACUAUGGUGGCUGAACAUAGCACGACCAAGACCCAGGCGAGAGCAUUCAGCUGGUUCGCUUUCAGUGGGAAUCUUGGUAUCUUCCUUGGGCCUUUGUUGGGAGGUUCCCUUGCCGAUCCGGUAACCCAGUACCCGGGUGUUUUUGGAGGCCGCUUCUUCAAGAACUACCCGUAUGCGCUCUCAAGUCUGGUGGUGGCGAUGAUGGGAGCUACCGCAGCCAUUUCCACCGCUUUGUUCGUCCAGGAGACUCUGAAAAAGGAGCCUGCUACGGACUCUGAUGGUGAGGAGGCAACAUCAGACGUGGCCGCUCGGAGGGGCGACCUCUCAACCCGGGAGCUUCUACAAUUUCCAAGUGUGGCCGUGGUUCUCUUUAUAUACGGACACAUCAUGAUGCUCGCCUUCGCCUACACAGCCAUUGUCCCUGUCUGGUGGUUCACCCCCGUGCGCCUUGGAGGAUGCGGUUUUACACCCCUUCAAAUCUCGCUGAUGAUGGGUCUCAACGGCGCCGCUCAAGCCAUGUGGCUCCUGUUGAUCUUCCCCAUAUUGCAGCGAAAGAUUGGAACGAAGGGAGUGAUUCGCGUCUGUGCGCUUGCCUACCCGAUAUUCUUCGUAUGUUGUCCUCUUUCAAGCGCUCUCCUUCGGAUGGACACCGACGUAUCCGUCAAGGCUUUCUGGGUGUUUGCUCCGACUGCAUUGGCCAUUGGCUGUGGAGUUAGUAUGAGUUUCACCGCGAUUCAGCUCGCCAUUAAUGACAUUUCGCCCUCGCCAAGACUCCUUGGCACGUUGAACGCCCUGGCCUUGACUGGUGUCAGUAGCCUGAGGGCUUUCUGCCCGGCUCUAUUCACUACCCUCUUCGCAAUUGGGGCGAGGACACAGUUGUUAGGUGGCUAUGCUAUCUGGGUGCUCCUGAUCGCACUUGCGUCCGGUUUGUCUGUCUCCGCGAGAUACCUGCCAGAGCCCAAAGAGGCCCGCAAGCGCCGUAGUGAACGGGAGAGAUGA